GGUUAAAAUGGCAGUCUGACAGAAAUUUGUUAGUUUCUUUCAAAUUCUCUUGUUUAAAUGUCAAUUACCUUUUUCUGUUGUGCGUUGUUACUAGCAGUUUAUAAAUAUUCGCGGAUUAUGUCAAAUUAAUGGCACCACAUACCUAUGGGAUGGGCAACCCACCCAUCACCUAUGCACUUUGAUUCUUUGAAAAUUGUUCCUGAACAUUUAGUGGAAAGAAUCAAGCUGGAAGAUACAAUAUUUCGCGAUUCGUCGCAGAAUGCUCCAGGCAGUCCAAUGUAUUCAGCAGCAGCACUUAACGCUGUGUCCUUCAACUCCUGGGGCAUUACAAAUCAGUGCAGUGUGAAUGGAAUUGCUACAGCUACCAAUGGUGUAUCCACCAAAGUACAAACGACUAAUGAAUCGAAUGAACUUGCGGAUAAUGCAUUAAAUAGACAUGGUAAUAGAGCACCUAGUACCUCUAACAGAAAUAUGAAUAAUAGUUUUAUGUCCACAACUAUGUUUUUAAUGAAUGAGUGCCUCCAACAAAACAGCACACACCAGUCACAUUUAAAUGCAAAGAAACACGAUAUAUUUAAUAUAGCGUGUGAAAAAGGGUGUAAUUGUGACAGCACAAAUUCUUUAUUUCGUGCAGGUAAUAGCCUGAUGUUUGGUGCUGACAAGCAUGUUGGGGCCAAGCACUUCAUGACACCAUGUGGUCCUCUUCAGCUAACAGCCCAAGAGUGUGGUGAAUUCCUUCUGAAGAAAGCAUCAGUUACUUCCAACUUACUAGGACCAGAUACUGCUAACAUAGGACAACAACCAGUCAGUGCAGGUAACACCAAUACCACCGGUGUUACACAUAUAAAAGGCAGACCAUUGGAGGGAGAAGCAACUGAUGACACACAGUCAUCAAACAACAGCAACGGCAAAUUAACCAUAACUACUGGCCAUAACUUAAGUGGUGGCCAUAGAUAUAGGUUGGAUAAAGAACGACCGUUCUCAUGUCCAGAAUGUGGUAAAUCAUUUCUUCUCAAGCAUCACCUUGUCACACAUGCUAGGGUUCACACUGGUGAACGCCCACAUGUAUGCCCUGAAUGUGGAAAAAGUUUUGCCCAUAAACACUGUCUCAGCACACAUCUACUACUACACAGCAGUGAACGUCCAUAUAAAUGUUUGGAAUGUAAAAAGUCAUUUACAUUAAAGCACCAUCUAGUUACACAUGCUCGUGUGCACAGCAGGGACCGGCCAUUCAUAUGCCAGGAAUGUGGAAGAACAUUUCCACAGAAAAGACAUCUUGUAACACACUCAAAGUUUCAUUCUGGAGAACGGCCGUUUGUUUGUGAUGAAUGUGGUGAAUCAUUUUCUCAGAAGGAUCAUCUUGUGAUUCAUUCCCGGUUCCAUGGUGGUUUGCAUCCUUAUGUGUGUCCAGACUGUGGCAGUACAUUCACACGCAAGUUUGAAUUGGUGAAUCAUGGACGGCUUCAUGGGAGAGUUCCUCACUCUUGUGAAGUCUGUGGGAAGGAAUUCUUGCAGAAAAGAACACUUCUAGCACACACAAGGUUGCAUACUGGAGAUGACAGACCCUUUGUUUGCCAGCAUUGUGGGGAGGCAUUUUCACGUAAACCAGAGCUUGUUGAGCAUUCCAAAAUACACACGGGAGACAAACCAUUUGUGUGCAGAGAAUGUGGGAACUGCUUCUCGAGCCGGGAGGGCCUCGCACUCCACUACCGGCUGCACGCAGGAGACCGUAAUGUGGUGGCAGAUCUCUGCGGCUUGGCAUCAGCUCUGCAGCAGCAGCCAGCUCAUUUCCUAUGUCCACAACCUCUUCCCCCUCCACCACCUCCACAUCCUCCUGUCAGCAAAGCUUCACCUGUUCCUCACACACAUACACCACCAGCUGUGGCUGGUCAUGGCUAUCCAAAGCCUAAACCUCACGUUUGCCCUGACUGUGGUAAGUGCUUCACUCAAAAGCAUGGCCUAGCACAACAUAAUCGUCGCCAUAGUGGUGGAUCCUGUGACAUUAAGCGGCAUAUAUGUGAGAAAUGUGGCAAAGCAUUCUAUCAAAAAAAUCAUCUAGCUCUGCACUCCCGUCAGCAUAUGGAUCCACAGCAACAGCAACAACAGCAGCAGCAAAGGCAACAACAACAACAGCAGCAGCAGCAACAUCAGCAGCAGCAACAACAACAACAUCAGCAGCAACAGCAUCAACAACAGCAACAGCAGCAUCAACACCAGCAGCAGCAGCACCAGCAGCAGCAACAUCAGCAGCAGCAAACCCAAACCCAGCCUUCCACAUCAGCAGCAGCAGCGGCAGCUGCUGCUGCGGCCGCCGCAGCAGCAGCUGCUGCAGUUGCAAACAAAUCAUAUGAAGUUCUUGUGCCUGCACAACCUGAUGCCCAAGGACCUCCUCGGGAGGUAAAACCUUUUGAGAGCCUCAUGCCAGCUCCUGGAGAAUAACACUGCUGGAAGUAAGGCUGAUUUUUUUAGAUUUUGUAGAUGUAGGGUUUCAUACCUACUACAGUUAGUGUUGAGCAGUUCGUACAUGUUAGUCACUUGCCGGUCCACUGCCAUUUUGUCUGUAAUAGACAGCUUAUUAGCUGUUUUUAUCGCUCUUCUUUUAUAAGGCAGCAGUUUCGUGAAUCAUGCAUGUAAAAUAUAAUCUUUGCUUGAUAGCAGGCAGCCAUUUUACAGAGUUUGUGUCCCAGUUGUUUAAUUCAUGUCUGUGACGUGUGUGAUUGUUUUGUGGAGAGUAAAUUAAUUUUAUUGAUGAAAUGUGAAUAUUGGAAAUAUUUUUAGAUCAAUUGGGUCAGAAACUUAAAGUUUUUGGUAGUAUACAUCAUGUGACAUUCCCAUUCACAAGUGUUAGAAGACAGAUCAUACAUUCAUUGAUGGUUGACAUCAGUUAAAAGAAGUAUAUUAGUAUUACACUCAGUUUGAUAAACUUUUUUCUAGUGCAGCUGGCAAUUUAAUUUUAAAAGUUUUAUUUUUCUGAAUUUUUUGUCAAAACAUUUGUUUGAAUUGCAAAGAGCAUUGUGAUUGUAUUACAUUGCACUUUUUUCCAUCAGAAAACCUUCUGACUGAUUGUAACACUUGAUUGUCAUGAAAGCAAAAGAACUGAAUGAGCUCUUUAGCUGAUAGUUGUCCUGCAAUAACAAUUGCCAACAUUAUAUUUCAU